CUCUUCGCGGCCAUGGUAACACUUUGCCCAACGCUGCACCUCUGAUUCAACAAUUAACAGCACAAACAAGCUGUUUUCAUGCAGCUAUUAUUCAGCAUGAAUUUGGCAGAGAUAUGUGACAACGCCAAGAAGGGCCGUGAGUAUGCUCUGCUGGGCAACUAUGACUCCUCCAUUGUUUAUUACCAGGGAGUCAUUCAACAGAUCCACAAGCACUGUCAGUCCCUCAGAGACCCUGCUCUCAAAGUCAAAUGGCAACAGGUCAGGCAAGAACUGACUGAGGAGUAUGAGCAGGUGAAAGGCAUCAUGGCAACGCUGGAGAGCUUCAAGUCAGAGAAGCCAGUUGACAUCCUUGCCCCUCAGUCUGAGGAGAAGUUUGAGGAUCCAGCAGUGUGGCCCCCUCCCACCCCUGCAGAACACAGGAAUCCUGUUGCAGUGAAGCGCCCCAACAGUGCAGUGAAGCAGCAGAGGAAAGACUCCCCUGGGCUGCAGCAUCGAGGAGCAGGGCCAGGAGGCCGCGGCCAGGCCAACCCGAAACCAGACAGGCCGGGUUUCAGAGACGCCCGAGGCACAAAAGCCAAAGACGAUAAGGGGAAGAAAGGGGUCGGAGAUGCACCAGGGGAUGUAGAGCAGAAGAAGUUUGAUAGCACUGGACAUGACAGCGACCUGGUGGACUCACUGGAGAGAGACAUUGUGUCCCGUAACCCUAACGUACACUGGGACGACAUUGCUGAUCUGGAAGAUGCCAAGAAGCUGCUGAGAGAAGCUGUGGUGUUGCCUAUGUGGAUGCCCGACUUCUUUAAGGGCAUUCGUCGCCCCUGGAAGGGCGUGUUAAUGGUUGGCCCUCCUGGGACAGGGAAGACCAUGUUAGCCAAAGCUGUGGCCACAGAAUGUGGGACAACUUUCUUCAAUGUGUCCUCCUCCACCCUCACCUCCAAAUACAGGGGCGAGUCUGAGAAACUUGUUCGUCUGCUUUUUGAAAUGGCUCGGUUUUACGCACCGACAACUAUCUUCAUAGACGAGAUCGAUUCCAUCUGUGGCAGAAGAGGAACAUCGGAUGAACAUGAAGCCAGCCGCAGGGUCAAAUCAGAACUCCUGGUUCAGAUGGAUGGUGUUGGGGGAGCUCUGGAGAACGAUGACCCCUCUAAGAUGGUGAUGGUUCUCGCGGCCACCAACUUCCCCUGGGACAUCGACGAGGCGUUACGACGACGACUGGAGAAGCGGAUCUACAUCCCCCUGCCCACAGCUGUGGGUCGUGUUGAGCUUCUGAAGAUCAACCUGCGGGAGGUGGAGGUGGCUGCCGAUGUGGACUUGGACCUCAUUGCUGAGAAGAUUGAGGGCUACUCUGGAGCGGACAUCACCAACGUCUGCAGAGAUGCGUCCAUGAUGGCGAUGCGUCGUCGAAUCCAAGGCCUGACCCCCGAGGAGAUCCGAGCUCUGUCCAAAGACGAGCUGCAGAUGCCUGUGACCAUGGAGGACUUCACCCUCACGCUCAAGAAGAUCUCAAAGUCUGUCUCUGCUGCCGACCUGGAAAAAUACGAAGCCUGGAUGGCUGAGUUUGGGUCAGUAUAGAGAAUGGUACCGUUUAGACUCACAGGGGACCAAAACCUUGAACAGAGGACUUUGAAAAUAAUGAAAGCCUUGAAGGAGAGGGACUUGGGAGUGUAUGUCAUGGAGCUGAGUGACCUCUAGUGUGUGAACCAGGCAGCACAUCAGGGAUCAGGAUUACACAGGGGCUCAUGUUCACAUCAGAAGACUGGUGCCUUUGAGAGAGCACGAUGAGAAGUGUCAGUGGCUGCACUCCUGCCCUUUCACACACUCUCCCCUUGUUGUUUCUCCAACACAAUUGUUCAUGUAGAGACUAUCAAUCGUCCAGCUGCUGGCUGACUGACUUAAGUGACCUGAAGAAGAAAAGGGAACUUUAAAUGUAAAAAGUAGCCUAAUACUCACAGGUAGACCAGGGAAUGCACGCUAGUUUUACUUAAGCAAGGCCUUGUGCAAGAAUAUUUCUGUAUUCCCUAAACCCAUGGUACUUUGUAUCUGAAGCUUGUUCGUAUGAGUGUUAUACAUCGAAUUCACCAAACAGACCUGUCGUUAAUUGCUCAUUUCAAACUGAUGACUGUUAACUGUUUACAAGAGGGUGAGUGUUUGUCAGAAUCAGUCAUUUGGAUAAUCAACGCCCCUAAAACUGCCAUGAAAGAGUCCCUGCUCUGCUCCAUUUGUGGGCAAGUUUUAUUCAAACAAUGUUAUAAACGUAAGGAAAAAGAAGAAUUUCAUGCCCCCAAACUUCACACCCAGCUGUCAGAAAGCUAUGGUGGCCGACAAGGGCAAAUGUGCUACAACAGCCCAAAACAUUUCUAUUAGGAGAAACAUGCUGCAGCUUCAGAAACCAAUUCAAAAACACACGGUACGUGCUGCAUAUAAAAAACAUGCUGCAGAAAGCCAAAACUAAUACAUUAACAGCAAAGACGCUGCAAAUACAAGAAUGAUACAAAGUCAAAAACAUACAAAAACCCAAAAAGAAAUUCUUCUUCUCUCUCUUGGGUAGAAACCAAACAUUUCUACUUAGCGCUCCUCCAAGAGGCCUGGAGAACUUCGGUUGCAUUGACUGGCUGUACAGUAUUUUUCUUUUGCAUUUGUUUUUGGGGUUUGUGUGUUUCUGACUUUGCAUCGUUUCUGCAUUUGCAGCUCAUUUGCGUUGUGUUAUUUGUUUUGGAUUUUUGUUUGUUUAUGAAUUGCAUCGUUUCUGAAGCUAUAGCACGUUUCUCCUAAAAGGGGCUGUUGUGGUGCAUAUGGUCUCGUCAGUCACCGUAAAAAUCAGCAAUCAAUAACAUAAGUUAAGCAGUGUAAGUAGUUGUUUUAUAAUUAUUUUGGAGAACACCAGAGUUAACCUGGAAAGCUACCUGCACCAAAACCCUGACACAGAUGUCGGCGUGAAAGGUUGCAUCACAAAAUAUGCCCAUAAACCUACAGAAAAGGUGGUUGAACUUAAAUCACUCGUAUCUGCUGCUUAUGAACAAAUCUGUUAGUACUGAUAGUUAGUACUGAGGCGUUUUGUCUUAAAGAACUGUAUGUUUUAGCACUUUUAAUGUAUUUCCUCCAGGAAAGUCCAUGUACUUACUACUGACUGAACACACUUGAAGAACCACAAUGUCUGUGUUAAACAGUGUCUGAGUAUGUGUUUGUGUUUUUAUGUUGUUUUUAUUAUUUGUGUUUUAAGUUUAUGUUUGUUGAGGAAAUGUAGUCAACCUUAAAGAACAUGGCCACCAGAUCCAUGGAUCGUUUAUUAAAAGAUGAAGUCGA